UGCAUAUCGCAUCAAUACGACGUAUAUAAAUUGAUUUUUCUCACUGAAAAAUCUUGCUAAAGAGUCCACACGCGUAUAUCGAUUCAAACGAUGAUGAUUUAAACUAGUCCGCGGUGUCUCGGUAUUUUUGUUUCCCGAAUUUUCAUCAGUAUUAUCUCUCUUCAAAUAAAAAAAUAAAAGGAAACAGUUUUUUUUCAUUCGUCGAUCGAUAUCCGUGAAAUUUGCCAGUUCCCAUUAGGAAUCAGUAUUUUAUUUCGUCCAUCGCACGCAUCGACUCUAUUUUUAGAGGGAGGAACUCCUCUCUAAAAACGAUCUGUUAGUUAGAAACGGGACGCGGUUUCGGUCACGGUUAAAACUAAACGAAUCAUGUCGAUUUUCAAUGGGAUACUGAUUAUCUUGUCGGUCGCCGGUUGCAUCGGUCAGAGAUCUCCGCGUACGCCGGAAACUCCUUCUCGUCACUUCCGUCAGUUUGAGGAGAGCCGAGAGAAUCGUGGAUACGUCGAGCAAUGCCGUGCCACGAAUCUGUGGAAAGGUCAGCUGGCAUACGUGAACGUGAUCGCAUUUUUAGAUCCCUCUUGGUACUACAGUUAUAGACAGACAAUCAUGUUGAAAUUACUGAAGAGAAGACUAGACAAAUCUGGGUUCACGAAUAUCUUAUUCUUCUGCGUGGUACCACCAUCGGGUUUGCCGGAAGAGAACACGGAGAACAGUGUCGAGAUAAAAACAUGGAGGGAAAUAUCGAAGAAUAUAUGGAAAUCCGAAUAUUUGUUUGAUAUUGACCAGAGAGUAUUCGAUGAUUCCACAAAGAGUAAAUAUGAUAUUAUCUUCAUUCAAGAUAAUCUUAAGUUAAGGAUUUGGGAAAAUUUUCGCGCCUUGAAGGAUGAAGUGGUAAUCAUCGAUCGUUGUGGAAGAUUGACUUAUCAAGUUAUAGUCCCCUGGAGCAUAUUAUACUUCCCUUAUGUUAAAGCGGCUAUUCUUUCAACGUACAAAGAUGAUCCCUGUGGUCCUUGCAAUGUGCAAUCGUCUGUAGACCGCGAUUCAAUGGAUUAUGAAGAGUAUCUUUUAAAAAAUAAAAAGAAAAUUGAUAAUAAACAAAGUACGAGUAAUAUUACUCCUUUUAGUACGAAUUCAAGUACUAUUUCAACUACAGACAUAGAAAUUGGAACAACACUUGAAAUUAAAAAAGAACAAGAACAAAUACAGAUAUCGAGUACAAUAUCAAACUCAGGGAUGACUGAAAGUUACAUAGGAACGGGAGAUCACAUUUUAUUAAAUAAUCAGACGAAUAUAGAUAAUAAUUCUUCUACAAAUGAGGAUGCUCAGAAUAAAGAACCUAAAGCUUUGCCUUUACGUAUUAUACUAUACGCUCCUCAUUUGCAUCAAGAAGGUAAAAUGUUAAAAAAAUACACGCAUCUGGUUCUGAAGACAGGAAGUCCAGAUUAUCAUGAUCAUUUCAAUGUGAAGAAUACAGUGUCUGAUGAAGAGAAUAAGAUGCUAAUAUCUCAAUUAAAUACAACAUUAGAGGAUAAGAAAUUAACCGAAUACGUGGACAGUAUAAACGAAAGUCCAGGAUUGUAUGGAGAAAUUUCAGAUUAUUGGCGAACUCAGAACGGCGAAGAAGUUAAUGAUAAAAAUGAAAACACUGAAUUUUUAGACUACGACGAUACCACGGUAGAUGGUUCGGAGAGUAAUAUUAAUGAUGCUUUCGUUAGUGAAAGUAGUAUCGUAAGACCAAGUGAAAUUGAUACAAUUAAUACGGAUCCAAAUAUUGAGAAUAACGAUGAUGCGAAUGACUUCACCCAGCAAAGAUUAAUGGAGCAUUACAGUAGACUAUUGACAUGGAUCUACUAUAUUAUUUAGAUCAUGUUUGUUCAGAAGAAUGUAUUCUACCGAGAUAAUAAUGUACAUACACUGUACAUACAUAUAAUAUAUACAUAUUUACACAAGUAAUUAUAACAUUUAUAUAAUUGUAAAAUAGAAAUGAAAAAUUUUUAUUUAUAUGCUGCUUGAAAUUUGAGGAACAGCUUUAUGUAUGUACUAUUAGAUUUUAUGGAUAUAUUAAAGAAAAAUUAGUAUAGUA